CCGCUUCUUCUUCAUCAACCGCCUUCUCAUCUACACCAUUGGACUGACGCCAACUGACAAAGAGAAUGGUCAAGAGAAACGGGAUGCACCGCAAGAAGAUGGAAAGUAACCGGCAGCCGAAGCUGGAGCCGAAGUGUGAGCCGGAGUGUGAGCCGGAGCAACCACCUCUCCAAGACAACGAGACAGACGAGGCCCUCAGCAUUCCAGUACUGUCAGAAUAUCCUCAGCGAGAUGAGAGUCCCUACCAGACCGCCCCGAUCACACUCAAAGUAAAGAACGAAUACUACACCAUUCUUCAAUACUACCUGCGUCCUUACGCUCGACUCGAGUGCAAUCCAUCCGACGUCUACCGAAGACCCAGGACAUAUAACGAUUGGUCAGGCUGGACUGGGGGCGAAACUUUUCAUUUGGAGCUGGCCAUCGAACCCCGAGCCGCCCAUAGCUUCAUCCACUACCUCUCCACAGGUAAAUAUGAGACGCUUUACAGCCCGUUUCCAUCCAUCGAGACUGCUGCCGAGGCGUCCAGCAUCCUACGCGCCCGCAACAAUGAGGAGUUUUUACGCGCAAUGCACAGCUACGCUGCGGCGGUGCGGUACGAGAUUUUCGAGCUACAGGAGCUGGCCAGGUACUUCUUGGAGAUAUUUGCCGAUCGGCUGCCUCCGGAGGAUAUCUUAAGAGUGACAAGCGAGGUAUAUGAUAUUCUUGGCGAGGAGAAACCGAUCCGUGCUUGGCUUGAAGGGUUUGUUCGGGGGCGUUUGGAGCUCGCGUUUAUGAAUGAGGAAGUGUCUCUACGACAUAUUAUCCGGGAUUAUGGCAUUGGGAAGCAGGCGAGCUUUGACCGCUUCAUCAUCGAUGAGACGCUCGGCAUUUUCGAGAGGGAGAGAGAGGAGGCCAGUCAAUUCAUUGCUGGACUGGAUGAGCCGGCGCCAGUGACUGAGCCGGAACCAGAGUCUGAGUUCCUGCCUGUACCCGAGCUUGAACCUGUCCCAGAAGCGGAGCUUGAGGUCGAGGUAGACGACGGUCCUAUGCCAGAGCCUGCGCCAGAGCCUGCGCCAGAGCCGGAGGCUCUAUCUGAGCUGGAGUCACAACCGCUCAUGGAUUCGGAGAUCAAACCUGAAACUGAACCUUCGUUGUGGGAACUCCAACCAGCACUACAGCCAGUACAAGAACCUGAACCAGAAGCUUCAGUCGCAAUGCCGCCUCUGGAAGAAAACGAUUGGAGUGCUUGGGGCAUGCGCAGAAGUCGGAAGACAAAAAAGAGGAACAAGAAGGCUCAGAAUGGGCAAGAGCCGGUCGAAGAGACGCUGCAGCCUGUAGCUGAGCCGAACCCAGAAGUGGUUGCUGAUGAGCACAUUUUGUAGACUCCUGAAGGAGAUGUAUCGUUGAUUUGUCGACUUGAUCAUCUUUUUCAGCUUCCUCAUCGUGUCGUUGAUUUUCAUUUUCUGGCCUCGUAGUAAUACAAGCUGUCUAAGUGUCGCACAUAUCUGCAGACC